CAUACAACCCUAGCAUUCGAACUGUGUCCAUCACAAACAUAACCCAUAAAACGAGUCCCACGAUCUCUUCUCUCUGUCUUCCUCAUUGACUCUCUCUCUCUCUCUCUCUGCAGUGCCAAUGGCGGAUCCAAUCUAUAAGGCUCUGAUCGCGUUCGCGCUCGUAGCUUCCUUGUUACUCUGUUCACACGCUUCCUCUGACGUACCCUUCAUUGUUGCUCACAAGAAAGCCACCCUCAACCGCCUCAAGUCUGGCGCCGAAAGGGUCUCCGUCACCAUCGACAUCUACAACCAAGGAACCUCGACUGCAUAUGAUGUAAGUUUAGCAGACGAUAGCUGGCCAAAUGAUGCUUUUGAUGUGAUCAGUGGUAGCACUUCAAAGUCAUGGGAAAGACUUGACGCUGGCGGCAUCCUUUCUCACGCAUUUGAGCUGGAGGCAAAGUCAAAGGGACUAUUUUCUGGUGAACCAGCUGUCAUAAAGUUCCGUGUGCCCACAAAGGCUGCUUUACAGGAGGCAUAUUCAACUCCCAUAUUGCCUUUAGAUGUUCUUGCUGAUAGACCUCCCGAGAAGAAAUUUGAAUGGGCUAAGAGGCUUCUGGCUAAGUAUGGAUCUCUAAUCUCAGUGAUCUCCAUCGUGGUUCUGUUUGUGUACCUGGUAGCCACUCCAUCAAAAUCCAGUGGAAAAGGAAGCAAGAAGAAGCGUUAAUCAUUUGAAAAUUAGUGCAUCUGCAAUCAGACAUUUUGGAGGCUAGAACAUGAAAUUCUGUCAGUGGUCAGUUUUUACCUAGUUAGAGUAUAUGCUGUUGGACUUUUUUGAUGAAGGGUUAAAUGAGUUAGUGAGUGAACAAAUUAAUUUCUUGACGGCAUAGCCUGAACAGUUGUUUUCAGUUCUCACUGGACGGAAUGUAUCUUAGCUAGCAAAAGUAUAUUUUCUUGAUUACCUGAUCUCAUAGCUACUUUGGAUUGAAUACCAUAUAUUUUGAUGAUCCUUAAGUUCGUUUUUCCAUGGAUGAAUUGUUGGCCACUUUACC